AUGCCUCCCAUCAGCAACCCCAUCAUCGGUGACAACGGAGCGCGAGUCGCCAAACUCGCGACGGACUUUAUCCUCGCGCGCUUGGCUCAACAUCGUUCGUCGUGGACGGCGAAGAACGGCCCGGCCCAGCCGACGCCGCCGUUGUUUGUGGGUGUUCAAGGGCCGCAGGGAUCAGGUAGGUGCUUGUCACUGGGUGAUAUGGCGGUGGGAAGGGCACGGCUGUCCAAAAUGAGCGACAAUUCGAACUGACGGCGCAAAGUUUACCCUAUUUACUCCCCGAACCCCCACACCCCGGGCCUGGUCCCCCCCCCCCCCCCCCCCCCACCUCAGGCAAAUCGCACCUCGUCUCCCAACUGCCGACCCAAUUAGCCCCCUUGCGAACGGCCUCCCUAUCCCUCGACGAGCUCUAUCUCCCGCAUGCGAAACUCCAAUCCCUCGCUGCUUCCCAUCCGAAGAACAAGUUGAUCCAAGGUCGUGGUCAACCCGGGACGCAUGAUUUAGCCUUGGGGGUAUCGGUCCUCUCCUCCCUUGCUGGGAUCAAUGAGCCUUCAAACGAAUCCAACGUGGUCGAGUUACCAACUUACGACAAGUCACUACACGACGGACAGGGCGACCGAGCAAAAGAAACGAUCCCCGUUCAGGGUCCGAUCGACAUCGUCCUCUUUGAAGGAUGGUGCGUAGGAUUUCAACCCCUUGAUUCCUCAACCCUCACCCAAUUGUACACCACCACCUCCCAAGACCCCAAGACCUACGCGGCCCAACACCUCGAUUACGAAACGCCCUUCUUCAUCGAACACUCGUUGGAUCACUUGCUUUGGGUCAACGAGAGGUUGGCGAAUUAUGCGAAGGAUUUGUGGAGUUUUUUGGAUUGUUUCGUGCAGAUUGAACCGAGGCGGAUGAGUUAUGUUUGGCAGUGGAGAUUGGAGGUACGUCCCGUGUUCAAGUGUUGGCUCGGCAGAAGUGGAGACGUGCCUCGUCUCCAUAUCGACUCGAAUGGGCGGCUUGGGAAGGAACAGGAGUUACGAAUUUGCCCUCCCCGCUCGCGAUCAGGGAACUGACUUUUUUCCCAUCUCCCAAACAAUUUUCAUUCGGCGUAUGCACGAAUAGCAAGAACAUAAUAUGAAGUCCAAAAAUGGUGGGGUUGGGAUGACCGACGAACAAGUUCGGCAAUUCAUUGGCAGGCGAGUUUUGACUGUUCCCUUUUCGUUUUUCCAAGUCUAAAAUUCUUUCGCCGGGAAAUUGACCCAUUCACUCGGAACUGGGUUCCACGUUUCAGGUACAUGCCUUCUUACGAACUCUUCCAAUCGGGAAUACAAUCAAAGGACGCGAGGUGGUUUGGGAAGGUUUUGAAGCUGGUCGCGGGGAGGGAGAGGGAGGUGGUCGCGAUGGAGGAUCAGACACAAUCCGACUCGGCGACUGCGGCAGACUGA